UAGUUUAUUAUUUUGUUAUUUUAUCAUUCAAUUAUAUAUUUGACUGGCAAAACGUCAAGGUGCAAGCAAGCAUUUAAAAUAUUUAGCUAACAUUCAGCGGAAUCCUGAACUUUCACUGUUCAAAAAACUCUAGAGGACAGACUGUACCAUUUGAACGAGCUAGAGGGGUGUGUCGUCCAAGCCACCAAGUUCCGCUUCUGUGUGGAUCCUGGAAGAGAUUUGGGGAUAUAAAAUCAAGGAACUCUGUUAUGCAGCACUUUUGAGUUAAUCUCGUGAAUGUCAUCAACUUCAUGACACAUUAAUUAGCCCCAUGUUCUAAUCACGCGCAAACAAGAGAGAGUACUUGUGUCUCACUGAAACCUCAAAAUAAUUCCUCACCCAGUCUCUCUGUCACUUCUACCGGUAGCGCGAGCCACACAACGCAACCAUGGCCGGCGACGAUCAGCGCGCGCUACAGUAUGAACAAACUUUGAUGUAUGGUCGCUACACACAGGAGUUGGGGGCGUAUGCUAAAGAAGAGGCAGCUCGCCUGAGGGAGGAGGGGGGUUGGAGGCGCUCGGUCAGAGAACGCUCACGCUCUCUGGAACUUUUGGAGUACGACAGGAGCCGCUGUGCCAAGUGUCGCAUCUGUACGGUGCGCUGUCAGAAGUUUCUCAUUUCUCGUGUUGGUGAAGACUGGAUCUUCCUCAUCCUCCUGGGUCUAUUCAUGGCUCUGGUCAGCUGGGUGGUUGACUUCGCUAUUGCCAUCUGUCUACAAGCACAGAAGUGGAUGUACGGAGGCCUGGAGAGUAAUGUGUUUCUCCAGUACCUAGCCUGGGUCACCUACCCUGUGGUGCUCAUCACCUUCUCAGCUGGCUUCACACAGAUACUGGCCCCACAGGCCGUAGGUUCAGGUAUCCCAGAGAUGAAGACCAUUCUGAGGGGUGUAGUGCUGAAAGAAUACCUCACCUUUAAAACCUUUGUUGCCAAAGUCAUCGGUCUCACCUGUGCCCUGGGCAGUGGCAUGCCUCUGGGCAAGGAGGGUCCGUUUGUUCACAUUGCCAGUCUGUGUGCUGCACUCCUCAGCAAAUUCAUGUCUCUGUUUGGUGGAAUCUACGAGAAUGAGUCGAGAAACAUUGAGAUGUUGGCAGCUGCCUGUGCUGUGGGGGUGGGCUGCUGUUUCGCUGCUCCUAUAGGAGGUGUGCUGUUCAGUAUUGAGGUAACGUCUACGUUCUUUGCGGUGAGGAAUUACUGGAGAGGGUUCUUCGCUGCCACCUUCAGUGCCUUCAUCUUCAGAGUCCUGGCCGUGUGGAAUAGAGACGAGGAGACCAUCACAGCUCUGUUUAAAACCAGUUUCCGUCUGGACUUCCCCUUUGACCUCCAGGAGCUCCCAGCCUUCGCUGUCAUUGGUAUUGCCAGUGGUUUUGGCGGGGCAUUGUUUGUCUACCUGAACAGAUUGAUAGUCCAGUUCAUCAGGAAACAGAAGACCAUCAACAAGUUCCUCAUGAAGAAGCGUCUGCUGUACCCAGCCCUGGUCACUCUGCUGGUGUCUACGCUAACCUUUCCCCCUGGCUUCGGACAGUUCAUGGCAGGCAAGCUUACCCAGAAGGAGUCUCUGGUGACGUUGCUAGAUAACCGGACAUGGGCCAAGCAGGGCAUAGCCGAAGGGUUUGACUACAUCGGCAACUCCCAGGCCUGGAAUCACCCCCAGGUCAACGUCUUUGUUACCCUCGUUCUCUUCAUCGUCAUGAAGUUCUGGAUGUCUGCUCUGGCUACCACCAUCCCUGUGCCCUGUGGAGCCUUCAUGCCUGUCUUCGUCAUUGGGGCAGCGUUUGGCCGUCUGGUCGGGGAGAGCAUGGCCGCCUGGUUCCCUGAUGGCAUCCACUCUGAUGGCACCAUCUACCCCAUAGUGCCAGGAGGGUAUGCCGUCGUGGGUGCGGCGGCCCUGUCUGGAGCGGUGACCCACACGGUAUCGACGGCGGUCAUUGUGUUUGAGCUGACGGGUCAGAUCAGCCACAUCCUGCCGGUGAUGAUAGCGGUGAUACUGGCCAACGCCGUGGCCCAGUCCCUCCAGCCCUCGCUAUAUGACUCCAUCAUCAGGAUCAAGAAACUACCGUACCUCCCUGAACUGGGCUGGGGACACCACGAGAAGUAUAAUAUUCGUGUGGAGGACAUCAUGAUCAGGAAUGUGAUGUACAUCACCCUCAACUGCUGCUACAGAGACCUGCAUGAUGUACUGCUGACUGGACACCUUAAGACCCUAGCCCUGCUCGAGUCCAGUGAGUCGAUGAUCCUGCUGGGUUCUAUUGAGCGUGCCCAGCUCCAGGCCCUCCUGUCCCUACAGCUGGGCCGGCCACGAAUGCUAGAGUACCUGAGAGACCGGGCUACUGCUGAGAAGAAGCGCCUGUCGAUGGUCUCCCACCCGGGCAGUGAGGAUGGCUCCCAAAGGGUUAACCAGGAGGUUCGGUUCCAGAUCUCCACAGAGGAGUCUUCCUUCAGUUCCACCCCUACCCCCUCCAUGAAGCCACUGAAGCCGGCCCUGAAGAGACCCUCUGUGGUGGACCGCCCUCCUGAUAUAUCCACAAGUCCACAGGACCACUCUGGCAACACCUUAAAGAAUCUCUUCUGUGUCAAUCCUGAGACAGAAGGCCUGGAGAACAACAAUGUCAACAUCAACAUAAAGGGCACUGCAUCGAGCUCUGCGUCAGCUGAGUUAAGGAAGCCACCCAAGCGCGUCAGGAUAUCCGUUGUGGAUGACUUCGAUGUCGAUGAUGACAUGACCAUCAGAGAGAUUGCAGAGUGGGAGGAGAACCAGCUUGACGAGCAGGUGAACUUUGACAACUGCAAGAUCGACCCCGCCCCCUUCCAACUGGUGGAGCGCACCUCACUACAUAAGACCCACACCAUCUUUUCUCUGCUGGGGUUGGACCAUGCCUACGUCACCAGCAUUGGACGACUCAUCGGAGUGGUGUCCCUCAAAGAGCUGCGGAAGGCCAUCGAGGGGUCUGUGGCAGUGAAGGGGGUGAAAGUGCGCCCCCCUCUGUCCAGUUUCCGGGACAGUGGCACCAGCGGCAGCAGCAGCAGCAAUAGCGAGAACGAAGCCACAGAGCUCCACAAGCUGUGGGACCGUCACAAAUCCAUGUCCCUCCCCCGGGAGCACCUGGCCUCCGACUCUGACGAGAAGUCCCAGUGAGGGGGAUGGGGACAGAUUUUUGGGAGAGCCCUCCUCCUGGUUGGCCUUUGGGCCCUACAAUCAGCUCUUAUGGAGGAGGGAUUGACUCACCACAGACUGGACCCUGCUCUCCACUAGGCUUGGGGGGGGGGGCACAACAGAAUAGAUCUGUGUGUUAGGGAGGGGAGAGGAGUUAAGGUGUCACUGUUUAACAAAGUUUGUCAGAACAAAAUGUAUAGAAUGUGUUUUGACUGUAAAAGGGAUUGCAUUUUCUUUUUUUUGCCAACUUUGGUAUUGGUGAGGAAAUGUUCAGUUUGUUUGCAUUUUGUAGACCUGUAAACGUUUCUGUCUGACCAGUCUUCCAUAUGCAGACGGUUCAACAGUGACAAGAAGAUAGUCUUGUGUACCGGUAUGGAUGUGAGUGUAUGUAUUGAGUGCAUGGACGCAUUGGUUGGUAUGUAUUUACACUAAGAAAGUAGCGAAACCAACCACCUGCUUUAAUUCCUUUGUGAUUUGAAUCUUCUUAUCAGACACAUUUCAGUCUUAUCAUUUCAGCAGUGUUCUAGUUUGUUCCCAUCUGUUUUAGUGACCUGGAAAUAAGUAACCUAGUGGUUAGAGCAUUGGGCCAGUAACCGAAAGGUCGCUGGUUCGAAUACCCGAGGCAACAAGGUGAAAAGUCUGUAUCUUUGAGCAACACUUAACCCUAAUUUGCUCCAGGCGUGCCGUACUACUAUGGCUGACCCGGUAAAACAACACAUUUCCCUGCAACUAUCUGGUGUGUAUGUAUGUGACAAUAAAAUGUCUUGGUUUUUUUCACCUUGCCUCUGUAGAGAGAACCACAUACUGUUCUGGUCUCACAUUGGGAGAUGUCUUCACCACUCUUUCUUUCAGUCCUCUCCCUCUACCCCUAUUAUUUUCUGUGUUACAUUAGUGCUUUAGUCUGGGUGAGAGAAUAGUCUACUCUAUGCAAACAGAUGUACAGUAUGUAUGUAGGUAUUCUGUAGAAUGGUGAAAGCAUGUGUUAACAUUUACCUCUCAGCAUGCUUCAACACACAUGCUGUGCACUCCUUUAAGAAAACACGGCCUCAAACACACACAGGUUUUAAUACGAGCCAGUCCAAGAGAAGAGGGCUUUCUCUAGAUGUGGCUCUUAAUAAGCCUGACUGAAUAUGUUGGGCUAUGGAGAGAGGAGGAGAGGAAGAAGGAGAGGGGGAAGAUGGAGAGUGAAUGGAAGAAUGGAAGCAUUUUCUGUUAUCUAAUCUGCUGUGUUAGGGAGUUUUCUUCAAUAGAAUCCAGGGUAGCUUUCUGGUUGGCCAACUUCACAUCCCCACCAUUGGUGAUAUAAGCUCCAUACUGCACAAGCCCAGUGUGCAGCUUCCAAUCAGAUCACAUACACUCCCUUAUUGAAUUGUCGGUAAAAAAAAAAAAGUAAGUAUGGCCACUACUCGUUUUCUUUCAGUCUCUCACUCGCUCAUUCCCUCUCUCUCUCUCACUGAUUGAUUAACAGGCAGGGGUCAUUUUGAGGCUUCUUUCUUCCUCCCUCCUUUGUGAUGUUUGCACUGAAAGGCCUGAUGCCUCUGAAAAGGACUGAGCAGAGUCACUUCCUGUGUCAAACACUCUUUCCACCUGCAAUGGUUGUUAUUUGGAUUUACUGUUUUCACCCAGCAAUAUCAUAAUUUCUGCUCACAUACGCAAGAUCAGAGUAUCUAACUGUGGUUAUACACAUUCAGACUCAUUACUCAUUGCCACAUUGAAUAGAGGACACACACACACGCACACUAACAUUUUCAGACUGACAUGCCCAUCCUCACACGCAGAGAGACACACUCACACACCUUGAGUGACAGCAUGGCUUUGCAUGAAAGAGUGCAUGUUGAAGGCUGUGUUUUCAUAUUGUUAGAACUAUGACCAACAGAAUAUAUGAUAAAUACACUGUUGUGUAUACAGGGUUGGAUAGGUUACUUUCUAAGUGUAACCCUGGGUGUAUAUCAUUUUAAUGGACAAUGUCAAUAUGCUGAUGGCUAUUUUGUUGAAUGUUUUUAUUCUCACUUAUUUUGCAUCUUUUCUCAUUGCAUUAGUUUUGAUCUAGGUUUGAUUGGCAUUCAUUCAUACAAUGAGCUUUAAUCAUGGCUUAUUUUGGAAAAGGAGAUGGGCUUUUUGGGGAAUGUGUGGAUUUAAGACGUUGCUAUAUGUUUACAGAUUUAACAUCAUUGCUGUACUACAUGAUUGUUAAUUUAAAAUCGAACUGAUCUACAUUGCUAUCUAUGCAACUGCAACUUCCUGCAACUCCUUUUUAGUUUUUGUUGCGUAUUGCUCUUCCCUGUCUGAUCGUUAUAAAAAGGUCCACUGUUCAAUGUUUUUCCAGCCUUGCAGCAUGUACCCAACAUUUCUACAAUGUUUAUGUAUGUCAUUUGUAUAAUGGAAGUAACACUAUAACGCUAGCAGAAUGAGACCCACUACCUGAGGUAACAGGAACAUUUAACCAACGUUUAUAGAAUGUUUAAAGGACCCAUGGGUGUUCUCGGUGGUCUGUAUGACAUCGUCAUUUCACAAGUGCCUACAUCAUCUUGGCCCCUGCAUGGUAACAGGGGUAGGAUAGGUUUUCUCUGCAAAUUAGUUUUUAAGGGAUAGAGAUGACUACCCAUGUCCCUGCAUAUAUAUAUAUAUAUACAGUGUGCAAUUACAGUGUGCAACCAUGACAACUCUCCGUUGUCAGUCCCCAAGUCCCCAAGCUUGCCAAAGGGACCAGAGAAAAUGCACGUUUCAUUUGCUUUGGUGUUUGUAUUUUUCAGAUGGGUUUUUCAUUAUUUUGCGUUUCUCUGAAGUCAUUCUAUCCUUAUUUCCAUUCUGUUCUCUAUGGCAUCAUUUACUACAAGAUAGAUAUUUUAGGGCAGGCGCAUAUUUAUUAAUAGGUAUUAAUCAAAAUAGAAUAAUCUAAUUUGUUAGUUUUUUAAUUAUUUCCAUUUGAAUGAUUAGGUAAUCAACUUGUGCAAUAAUGAUUGUUCAUCUCACUUUCUAACCAGAUUUUAAUAUAUGACUUGACAUGAAUGCAAGAACCUUAUUUUUGUAAAGAAAUUGAAAAAUGUUAAACAAUAUGUAUGUUAUGACACACACUGUCUGUUUGGUCCCAGGCCAUUUCUGGAUUCUGCUGCUUGUACUGUCUCUGUCUGACUCUGGACUGUAUGAUGUGUUAUUGGCCCACUAUGGAAACUCACUGGGGUCAAACCAGCCAGAGUUUAACAAGUCCAGUGCUAUUUUUCACAAUUAGUUUUUAUAUCAGGGAUGAAUAAAGACAUUUUUAACAAAUGGGA